AUGAGGUUGAUUGUGGAGAAAAAUGUGGAUCCUGAAUUGAACCUUCUAACCUACCUAAGAAAAAAAUUGGGACUAACUGGGACCAAGCUAGGCUGUGGAGAAGGAGGAUGUGGCUCCUGCACUGUGAUGAUCUCCAAGUAUAACUCGUUUCAAAAGAAGAUCAUACACAUUGCUGUGAAUGCCUGCCUGGCGCCGCUCUGCUCCCUGCAUCGCACCGCCGUGACUACCGUGGAAGGAAUCGGCAGCACCACCACUCGGCUUCAUCCGGUCCAGGAACGGAUAGCAAAAGCUCAUGGCUCCCAAUGUGGAUUCUGCACCCCUGGAAUCGUCAUGUCUGUGUACACUUUAUUACGGAACAAUCUGGAACCCACAAUGGAGGAAAUUGAAGACACCCUGCAAGGAAACUUGUGUCGAUGCACGGGAUACAGAGCCAUCCUUGAAGGUUUCAGCACCUUUGCCAAACUAUCACCCAGACUCUUUGAACCUUCAGAGUUUAAGCCUCUGGACCCCACACAGGAGCCGAUCUUUCCCCCAGAACUCCUGUUACUUCAUGAGUCACAGCAGCAGACACUGUUCUUUAAAGGGGAGCAUGUCACCUGGAUUCAGCCAACAACUCUGAAAGAACUGUUGACCUUAAAGAGCAAGUACCCUGAGGCCAAGCUUGUGGUUGGCAACACUGAAGUGGGUAUCGAAAUGAAGAUGAAGAACAUGUUGUAUCCAGUUAUCUUGGCUCCAGCUCAUAUUCCACAGCUCAAUAUGAGCCAGCGCACUGAGACUGGGAUAUUGUUCGGGGCGGCCUGUACCCUGACUUACAUCGGGACCUUUCUAAAGCAGGCCGUAGAUGAACUCCCCAGUUACAGGACUGAGGUUUUCCAGGCUGUGUUGGAGCAGCUGCGUUGGUUUGCCGGGCAACAAAUCCGGAAUGUCGCAGCGAUCGGUGGGAACAUCAUGACUGCCAGCCCGAUCUCCGACCUCAACCCCGUCUUCAUGGCCUCUGGCUGUCUGCUCACCUUGGCCUCUGAAGGCAGCACCCGAGUUGUGCGGAUGGAUGGAGGUUUUUUCACUGGCUACAGGAAAACAGUGUUAAAACCGCAAGAAAUAUUGUUGUCCAUUGAGAUCCCUUACACAAAGAAGGGAGAGUAUUUCUCAGCGUUCAAGCAAGCCCAGAGACGGGAAGACGACAUUGCGAUAGUGAACUGUGGGAUGAGAGCUGCUUUCAAGGAAGGCACCGAUGUUGUGGAAGAGUUGGGGCUGAGUUAUGGAGGCAUGGGGCCUACCACCCUGUCUGCAAAGAAGACAUCUGAACAGCUUCUUGGAAAAAAGUGGAACAAGGAGCUUCUCCAGGAAGCCUGCUUGCUGCUUGUGGAUGAACUGACACUAUCACCAUCUGCUCCUGGAGGGAUGGUUCAAUUUCGGCGCAUCCUGAGCCUCAGCUUCUUCUUCAAAUUCUACCUCAGCGUACUCCAGAAACUGGGACAAGACUUCAACAGCGAUUUUCAAGUUGAGUCCAUUCCUCCAGAGUAUCUCAGUGCCACGGAAUUAUUCCAGAAGGACCCUCCUUCAGCAGUUCAGCUGUUCCAGCAAGUUCCGCCUGGUCAGUCCCCCACGGAUGUAGUCGGCCAUCCAUUGGCGCAUCUAUCGAGCAUCAAGCAGGCUACGGGAGAGGCAAUUUACUGCGAUGACCUGCCCUGUUUCGAGAGCGAGCUCUACUUGGCUCUGGUGACCAGCACUGAAGCUCAUGCCAAGAUAAGUUCAAUCAACGCAAGUGAAGCCCUAAAAGUUGCUGGAGUUACAUGCUUCCUCACUGCUAAGGAUGUCCCUGGGACCAACAAGACUGGGCAAAUUAUAACAGAUGAGACAGUGUUUGCUGAGGGAGAGGUCACUUGUGUUGGACAUGUUAUUGGGGCAAUUGUUGCUGACUCAGCAGCUCAUGCCCAAAAGGCUGCAAAAGCGGUAAAGGUCACAUAUGAAAAGCUUAAGCCCAUCAUCACUAUUCAGGACGCGAUCACCCACGAAUCAUUCCACGAUUCUCCAAGGAAACUUGAGAAUGGAAACAUCGAUCUCGGAUUUGCACAGGCUGAUGACAUCGUUGAGGGGGAAAUGCACAUUGGAGGCCAGGAGCACUUUUACCUGGAGACACAGUGCACUGUAGCUAUACCCAGGGGUGAAGACGGUGAAAUGGAACUCUUUGUAUCAACACAGAACCCUUCGCAAAUUCAGUCCCUCGUUGCUAAAGCACUGGGCGUCCCCGCCAACAGAAUUGUUUGUCGAGUGAAGAGGUUAGGAGGGGGUUUCGGCGGGAAGGAAACCCGCAGCUCGCUGUUAUCCACGGCAGUAGCAGUCGCAGCUCACAGGACAAAACGUCCCGUUCGAUGUGCUCUGAAUCGCGACGAGGACAUGUUAGUGAGUGGUGGUAGACAUCCUUUUUUGGGCCGCUACAAGGUUGGUUUCCAGAAGAAUGGGAAAAUUGUAGCUGUGGAUCUCAAGCUUUACUGUAAUGCAGGAGACAGCCUGGACCUUUCAUCCGCAGUCAUGACUCGGGCCUUGUUCCACAUGGACAACGCGUACAAGAUCCCGAACAUUCGUGCGAUCAGCUACAUCUGCAAGACCAACCUGCCUUCCAACACGGCGUUCCGUGGAUUUGGGGCACCUCAGGCAAUGAUGCUGGCAGAGUGCUGGAUGAACGAUGUCGUUGCAAAGUGUGGGCUACCUUCAGAGCAGGUGCAGAAGCUGAACCUGUACCAGGAGGGAGACAUCACCUACACCAAUCAAAAGUUGGAAGAGGUCAACAUCAGAAAAUGUUGGGAUGAAUGUUUGGAAAGUUCGUCCUAUCACAGCAGGAGAAAAGCUGUGGAUGAAUUUAACAGGCAACAUCGCUGGAAGAAGAGAGGGCUAGCAAUUAUUCCAACCAAAUUCGGGAUAAGCUUUAACGCCGCAUUCUUGAAUCAGGCGGGAGCUUUGGUCCUUAUUUACACUGACGGCUCAGUCCUGCUAACUCAUGGUGGGACUGAGAUGGGACAAGGCCUCCACACCAAGAUGGUGCAGGUUGCCAGUAAAGCUCUGGGAAUUCCAAUCUCCAAGAUUCACAUCUCUGAGACAAGCACCAACACCGUCCCGAACACAAGCCCGACAGCGGCUUCUGUAAGCUCUGACCUGAAUGGAAUGGCUAUUCAUGACGCAUGCCAGAUCCUUCUGAGAAGACUGGAACCGUUUAAGCUCGCCAAUCCAAAGGGGACCUGGGAGCAAUGGAUCUCCGCAGCUUAUAUGGACAGAGUGAGCCUGUCAGCGGCCGGAUUCUACAAGAUUCCUGACCUGAACUAUGACCCGGAGAAGAACGAAGGAAGGGCUUUCAAUUAUUAUAGCUAUGGUGUGGCUUGCUCUGAGGUUGAAAUUGACUGCCUCACUGGGGAUCACAAGAACCUUCGCACUGACAUCGUCAUGGACGUGGGGCUUAGCCUGAACCCUGCGGUGGACAUUGGGCAGGUGGAGGGAGGCUUCAUGCAGGGCCUUGGUUACUUUGCUAUGGAGGAACUGCGCUAUUCACCAGAAGGUGUCCUGUACACCCGGGGACCAGGAAUGUACAAGAUCCCAUCAGCCAGUGACAUCCCAACACAAUUCAAUGUAUCCCUCCUUCGGGAAUCUCCGAAUAGAAAAGCUAUCUAUUCUUCCAAGGCUGUUGGAGAACCCCCUUUAUUCCUCGCGGCCUCCAUAUUCUUCGCCAUCAAAGAUGCCAUUGUUGCUGCCAGGGCAGCAUCUAGAAUAACAGGCCUCUUCUGCCUGAACAGCCCAGCAACACCAGACAGGAUACGUAACGCCUGCAUUGAUGACCUGACAGAGAUGUGUCCUCCUGCAGAACCAGGGACCUUUAUACCCUGGAAUGUCGAAGUGUAACGUGAGCCCAGCAGACUUCAUUUCUGAAGAGUGAGUGAGGGACCACUUGGCUAAAGAGGUUUUUAUUGACCCUUUAUUCUGGGUCACUCAUCAAUGGAACACCACUCCACUCUGGCAACACUCCCCCAACCCCUCCAACACAACCCCCCCACCACACACCCCAUCCUUCAGAUCAAAACACCAUGUAGCACCCAAGUCUGAUCAACUGGUGGUCUCUUAAUGGAUAAUUUUCCACAUCGCACAAAGAUGGCAGUUCAUUCAAUAUUUAAAUGCAAAUGAAUGGUCUGAAAACUAUUCUAAGUUAAUUACUGUCCAAAAGGUGAAUAUGGUGACUUUGUUGACAGAUAAUGUGAAUCAAUUGCAAUAUGACAUGGAUAGGCUAACAGAAUGGGCAGGCAAGUAGCAGAUAGAAUUUAAUACAGAGAAGUGUGAUAUGAUGCAUCUGGCAGAAGGGAUAAGGGAGGCAAUAUAGACUUAAGGCACAGUUGGAAAGAGUGUGCAGGAAGAGAGGGACCUAGGAGUAUUUGUGUAUUGGUCUUUGAGGGUGACAGAACUUAAUGAGAAAGUAGUUAGCACCGCAUGUGGGAUCUUGGGAUUCAUAAAUAGAGGCAUUGGGUACAAAAGCAGGGAAGUCAUGCUGAGCCUUUAUAAAGUAGGCCCCAACUCGAGUAUUGCAUCCAAUUCUGAUCAUCAUACCUCAGGAAGGAUGUGAAGAUCCUUGAAAGGGUGCAGAGGAGAUUUACUAGAAUGGUUCCAGGGAUGAGGGAUGUUGGCUAGAAAGUUAGGAAAGGCUGGUGUUGUUCUCUUUCAAGCUAAAGUGAUUAAAGGAAGAAUUCAUAGAAGUGUACAAGAUUGUGACAGGCUUAGAUAAGAUAGACAAGCAAAAAUUCUUCCCAUUAGCUCCUAAGAUUGUAAGAAAUAGAGCAGGAGUAGGCCAUUCAGCCCAUCGAGCGUGUCACCCUUCAUUAAGAUCACGGUUCAUCUGAUUGUGGCCUUAACAACUAUUAACACUCAACUAAGGGCCUCCUCCCACUGCCUCUGGGAUUUGACUGGUGGUGGGAGAGGCCCACACCAAGCAUCCAGUCCUGCAGAUAUCCCCCUGAACCCAACAGAGAGCAUGCCCCUCCCCAACGUACACACCGGCCUCUCAAGCCCAAGCCCGCCCCAGCCUCUCCACCACUCCUCACCAAGCUUCUCAUAAACACUGAUCAAAUUCCUCUGCCCCAUGCCUCUGUCCCAAAGUGCUGGAGAGUUGGCGGCCUUUGAUUGGCUGACAGCUCACUGAGGCAGGGCUUCCUGAUCCAGAAGGGUGGAAGCCCCGCCUCCAGCCUAUUAA